GAAAGUGGACUGUGGAAGUUCAGCUCACCCGAGCGUUCAGUGCCUACCUGUCCCAGAAGGACACCUGGCCCUCUUCGGUCUACGUCAUCUACUCCGAUCCGUCCGGCAACUGGACCAGAGUUCAAAGCUUGCGGUGCGUGAACGUCGCGAACGACGACCAGGUGGACUUGGUGUUGCUUCGAUGGCAUGGCGCUGGGAGCCCGAGUUGCCUGGCCAUACCCUUGCGCACCAGUGCCAGUGGAGUCAUCCUGUGUGUCCCCAACGGCUUCAUCCCCCAGGAGGAGCUGGACGAAGCGGCCGACGGACCUUGCGAUGGGGUGGUCGGACCUCACAUGGUGGCUUCAGUGGCUGUGCAAGGCUCCGGAAGCGAAGCCGAGAUGAUGGAGGUGAUAUUGGUCGAGAUGUCCAUGGCCAUUGCAGGGCAGCUGGACAAAAAGACCCAGAGGUCACGGAAAACCUUCCAGGGAUUUGCUGCAGAUCGCAGCGUGCUUCCCAGCUUCUCAGAGCUCAACGACUUGGUUGCAAGCUGGACGGAAGGCGGGGAAGCUCGCCUGGAGGAAUACUACACUGCCCCGGAAGAGAUGCUCGAGGAGGAACCCCAAGAACUGGUGCCUCCCGAGAUGCACAGCGACCAGAACGCUGCCAUUCUCGCCCAGCUGGUGGAAAUUCAGACUGCCAUGGAAAGCCGCUUUCAGGCUCUGGAAAGCAAGGUGCACGGACUUCAAGCCCCGGCUGCCAAGACUCGGGCUGCGCUUCCAGGGCCUUCGCGGCCCGCCGCAGGCGCAGGGCGAGGAGGACUGCAGGACCAGAUGGAGAACCUGCUAGGACAUGUACGAGACCAAGUGCGUCGUCCCCCUCCACGCCUGCCCGACGAACCCGGCAGACUGGGAGAGACUGCCGUGGAAGCCCGAGCUCAGAAGCCUUUGGAUGCAGAGAACGCUUCAACCGACGAAUUGCUCAAGUUGGCCCUGGUCAAGCUGAUGCAUGGCUCCAAGGCCAAGAAGUCGCGCCGCCUCCCGGGCUUGCCUUCGUGGGAGAGUGGAGACUCGAGCGCCGAGGAGCAAGACCCAGGUUGGAGUUCCACGAGCCGAGGCGGAAGAGGAAUCGAGGCAGUAGAAAGGCUGAACGUGGCCAUGAAGAACCACCCCGAGGCCUACCAGGAGCGCAUGGAGAGCCGGAUGUGCAAGGCCGUCGACACCACAGAGCUCUUGCCGACGGUCCCGCUCCAGUUUGCGCGGUCUUGUCCUGUGGGGAAGUCCAGGACAGCUGGUUACUGCCUCCAGGGCUUCGCCAACGUUCACCGCCUGCUCUUGGAGAACAAGCCGCGCCAGGCUCGCUUGCAGGUGCUUCGCAUGAUGGCGGCUUUGGAGCAGUUUCUGAUCGACGAGAACUGGCAGGUGGCAAGCCGUGUGACCGGCAUGGAAGAACCUCCUUGGGGCUUUUGGGCCACCCAGGAUUUGGGAGCUCUGAGACGCCAGUACGUCUACACACGAUUGGCAGAGUCGACCUGGAUCGGGGCCCUCAUCAACGAGCUCAAGGAGGAGGAAUGGCUCACAAAGAAGAAGACGCAUCCGCCGCCAAAGGGCCAGACAAUGAAGGGAGCUGGACGAGGCGCAACAGAAGAAGCCGGAUGA